AUGAGUAAUGUAUAUCAAAUCGGAUCUACAAAUCAACAAAAUCAGGGAUCUUUACUUGAUUCAUCAAUACAACAACAAAUAUCUUUUCCAUUAAAUAAUAACACAACUUUGUAUGAUACUCAACAACAACAAUCUGGAAUAUAUAAUGAUAAUGGAAUGAAUGAUAAUAAAGGAAAUUUUAUAUUUUCACCAGAACAUAUUGAUACAUUAUGUGAAAUACUUCAUCGUGAUAGUAAAAUUGAAAAAUUAAGUAAAUUUAUAUGGUCUGUACCACCUGAAUUAAAAAAUUCUGAACCAGUCCGUAAAGCACAAGCUUUCCUUUACUAUGAACAACAAAAUUUUAAAGAAUUGUAUAAAUUAUUAGAAAAUAAUCAUUUUUCUGUUGAAAAUCAUCCACAAUUACAGGAUCUUUGGCUUCGAGCACAUUAUAUGGAGGCGGAGAAGAUACGAGGAAGAGAACUUGGUGCUGUAGGUAAGUAUAGAAUACGUAAGAAAUAUCCAUUACCACAUUCUAUAUGGGAUGGUGAACAGACAAGUUAUUGUUUUAAAGAAAAAAGUAGGAAUAUUUUAAGAAAUAGUUAUUUAAGAAAUCCUUACCCAUCACCUAAAGAAAAAAAAGAAUUAUCUGAUAGUACUCAUUUAUCUGUAACACAAGUCUCUAAUUGGUUUAAAAAUAGAAGACAGAGAGAUAGAGCAGCUAAUGAAAAAGACAAAGAUGGUAAUACAAUAGGAUGCCGUGAUGAUGAUUCAUAUAAUUCAGAUGAAAAUGAUGAUGAAAAUUUUCCAACAAAUUCAAGGAAUUCAAGGCAAAAUAUUGAUAAACAACAACAAUCACUUUUGUCAUUUGGUACAAAUACUGUAACAACACCAUCAUUACAACCAUUUGCUUCAACAAACACAACACAUACAUUCAAUCCAAAUGAUCUUGCAAUGGCAGCUGCUGCUUCCUAUCAUAAUCCAUUUUCUCUUUACAGUAAUCCUCAAGCUUCAAUUUCUGGUGGUGGAUAUACAUUUGGUCCACAUGACAUGAAUAUGAUGGCUGCUGCAGCGAAUAUGGGAAAUUGUUAUCAAACUUUGUAA